UCAGUUUAACCGGAGCAGGUUUUUACAUCAGAGUGAGACCUCUUGUCCACAGCUUCAGCUCCGCCGCUCUCGUUCCUUCAGUUCCCGGACACCUCGGCUUCUCCGCGGCCAGUUCUCCUCCUGAUGUUCCCGCUGGUUCCUCUGGUGAUUUCUCCGCAGGCUCCUCCAACCUCCCCGGCUCCGGUCCACCCUCAGUCCCACAGACCCGUCGCUGCCUCUCGCUUCAGCCCGAACAGCGAGCCGGAGGUCGGAGCUCCGGCCCGGGUCCAGACGGUGAACGAGGUUCGCUGCAAGGCUAGCCGUUAGCCGAGCAGGCAGCGGGGCAAAGGCUCGGUCCAGACGGCCGCCACAGCGAACGCAGCAUGGCCGGAGAGAACCACAGCACGGCCGGGGAGGAGAAGGCGACGAGCCGGGGUCAGAGUGAAGCCAACAGGAGGUUGAAGUACAUCAGUCUGGCGGUCCUCGUGGUCCAGAAUGCGUCUCUCAUCCUCAGCAUCCGAUAUGUCCGUACGUUGCCUGGCGACCGCUUCUUCACCACGUCGGCCGUCGUCAUGGCGGAGGUCCUGAAGGUCCUCACCUGUCUGCUCAUCAUCCUGCUGCAGAGGAGAUUUAAUGUGAAGGACACCGUCUACUUCCUGGUCGACUCCAUCGUGUUUCAGUAUAAAGACACCUUAAAGUUGGCUGUUCCUUCUCUGAUCUACACCCUGCAGAACAACCUGCAGUACGUAGCCAUCUCCAACCUGCCAGCCGCCACCUUCCAGGUGACCUACCAGCUGAAGAUCCUCACCACGGCUCUGUUCAGCGUCUUGAUGCUCAGGAAGUCUCUGUCCAGAGUUCAGUGGGUUUCUCUGUUGCUGCUGUUCGCCGGCGUCGCCAUCGUCCAGGUGCAGCAGGAGGGGAACAAGGAGGCGUCGGUGUCGGGCGACUCCAACCAGAACUACAGCGUGGGGCUGGUUGCCGUGGUGAUCAGCUGCCUGUCGUCGGGCUUCGCCGGCGUUUACUUUGAGAAGAUCCUGAAGGGCAGCUCGGCUUCGGUGUGGGUGAGGAACGUGCAGCUGGGGAUCUUCGGCACGGCGCUCGGCAUGCUGGGACUGUGGUGGAACGACGGCGCCGCCAUCGCCCGCCACGGCUUCCUGUUCGGCUACACUGAGAUGGUGUGGUGCGUCAUCUUCAACCAGGCCUUCGGCGGCCUGCUGGUCGCCGUCGUCGUCAAAUACGCCGACAACAUCCUGAAGGGCUUCGCCACCUCCUUCUCCAUCGUCGUCUCCACGGUGAUGUCCGUCUAUCUGUUCGGCUUCCACGUGGAUCUGCUGUUCACGGCGGGGGCGGGGCUUGUGAUCGGCGCCGUCUACAUGUACAGCCUCCCCAAAGCCUCCUCCUCCUCCUCCUCCUCCUCCUCCUCCUCCUCCUCUUCCUCGGCGGCGGUUCCGAGGACGGUCGGCCCAGAGCUGGAGGCCUUCCUGCCAAAGUCUGCAGCCAAGCAGAAAGGAUCCUGAGACGACCUGAAUACAACAAACACCUCCAAGACUCCUGCUGCUGGACCCUAGUACUCUGAUGUAGUACUGUGGUACUCUGAUGGUAGUACUGUGGUACUCUGAUGUACUACUGUGGUACUCUGAUGUACUACUGUGGUACUCUGAUGGUAGUACUGUAGUACUCUGAUGUACUACUGUGGUACUCUGAUGUAGUACUGUAGUACUCUGAUGGUAGUACUACUGUACUGUUACAUUAAGUUUAAGAAAACUAUGGAGUUAAAUUUAAAUCUGAGAAGCUCAAAGUUAGUUUCUUCCUCCAGAUGUUUUCUUCCUCCAGAUGUUUUCUUCCUCCAGAUAUUUCUUCCUCCAGAUGUUGUUUUUUCCUCCAGAUGUUUUUCUUCCUCCAGAUGUUUUUCUUCCUCCAGAUGUUUUUUCCUCCAGAUGUUUUUUCCUCCAGAUGUUGUUUUUUCCUCCAGAUGUUUUUUCCUCCAGAUGUUUUUUCCUCCAGAUGUUUUUUUCCUCCAGACGUUUUUUUCCUCCAGAUGUUUUUUCCUCCAGAUGUUUUUUCCUCCAGAUGUUUUUUUUCCUCCAGAUGUUUUUUCCUCCAGAUGUUUUUUUCCUCCAGAUGUUUUUCCUCCAAUCAGACCUUCUAAUCCUCAGUUUAAAGCUGUGACUCAGCGGCGCCACCUUCAGGUCAGACUGAGAAUCACACAUCAGCCGUCAUUGGUUUAUAGAAAAACACUUUUAAAGGCGGAAUUAAUUAAAAUCUGAUCUAUAAAGUUCAGUAACAUCCAGAAGUCUUCAAAGAAAUUCUAUUGAUGAGAGGAAACUGAAAUGAUCUCUCCAUAAAGUCCUUUUAUUGGUUUUAAUCUUAUUUAAUGACUCCAUGAACAUUUCCUUUAAGAAUCUCAGCAUUUUUAUCCUGUUUUCAUUUUUAAAGUUGGUUUUCUUGUCACAUAUUUUCCUUUUAUUGUCAAACACUAAAUUAACUAAUUAUUGAUCAGAAUCUGAAUUUAUGUGAAGAUAAUGUUGAUUUUGACAGAUAACAGAUAAAAAGUGGAAAAUGACGGUGAAACACGCGUCCUGUUUUCUGCUGUUUAAACUGAUGAAGGUAAAAACAAACACAGACUGAAUCAUUAAUAUUAAUGUCAGACGGUUUUAGUGUCAUAAAGAAGACUAACUCGACCUGAAAAUAAACUGAUCUGAUAUCAGACAUUUCAAAAAGUAGAACUGUCAAGAAAAAUGAGCUCAUGUUUAAAAUUUUGUUUAUUUUUGAUUAUUUCAAUUUGAGGAAGUGGAGUCCCUUCAAAGUAGUUUUUACCAAAGUUUAGCUAUGAAGUUUAUUUAUUUAUUUAUUUAUUAAAAUAAACAAGUAAACAGGAAGUCCAAACAUUAGAGAGCAGGAAGUGAUGCGUUAAUAUUCCAAGAAAAAGUUCAGAAGACGUUAAUGAUGGAAACUUAGAAGAAAUAAAUCCGAAGAACUGGAGAUAAAAACGAGUUUUAGUGAACAAAUGAUGAAGCUUUAUGGUUAAAAAUAUUGAUUCUGAGAGGUUUUUUUUCUCACUUGUUUUUGACAUUUUAAUCUCAGACAAUGUUCUGUUUUUUCUUGGAAUAUUAAAUUAAAAUUUUCUAUUUAUUCACGUCUUUUAAGCUCUUCUGGUCCUAAAAUCAGCGUUUUUUUCUUUUCAACAUUUUUCAAAAUGAUGAAUUUAUACACAUGCAUAUCUAGUAUUUUUAUUAUUAUUUUAAAGCUUUUGUUUGUUUGUUUAUUUGUUUUAGAAAAUAUUAGCAAGUUCUUUUCAUUUCAUGGUGCUUCUUCAUUUCAUGCUUCUUAGGAAUUAAAUCAGAAUCAUGAUGUGAAUUUUUACAACUUUUCCAUUUAAAUAAAUUAAUCAGUGUUUGGAUUUGCUGAACUAAGAAGACAUUUCAUUUUUCAUCUUUAUUUUAUUUAAAAUGUAUUUUUCUGUGUUUGUUUCUCCACAUUGUUUCCGUUAUGUUCAGGAAACGUUUCUCUUAAACACCAAAGUGCCUCAUUGGAGCCUGAAGUGCUUUUAUUUUGAAAGUUUACAGUAUUUCCUCCUCAGUAUUAGUUUUUUAAGCUGACAGUAAAAAUGUUUCUUAUUAUUUUAGUUGUUUUUUCACCUCGGUGAAUUUAAGGUUUUUUAUUUUACAAACUUUAAUCUGAUAUUUUUACUGUUUUUUUAUUUUUUAUUAAAGAUUAAAGUUUUCAACUUA